GUCUACAACGCGUCCAUUACACCGAGCAAUUUGCCAUGGGACACUUACAACUACUGCAAUGCACCUCAUGUCAACCCUGAUCACUACUCGUUGCCAAACGAAUCCGGUGCACGACUCCGGUUCGUUGUAGUGAUCAUGCGGCACCAUAAGCGCACCCCAGAUAACCUUUACCCUUCCGAACGCACUCUCAACCCCAUCACCGGAUGGGACUGCUCUAGCAUCAUAUCACAGUCUUACGCUGGCGGGACGGCUCAAAUAUUUACCGAAACAAGCACACCUAUUCUCCACCCUUUUGCAGAUCGCAUAUGGGCAGGUACGUGCGACUCCGGACAGCUCACUCGCGAGGGGCUUGACGAUGCCAUAAAACAUGGACGGGAUUUUUGGGGAGUAUACCAUGACAGACUCGGGUUUUUGGAGCACGUGAACGAGAAGGAGAUAUAUGUUCGAACGUCGACGGAGCCGAGGACGCAGCAAGUAGCUGGUGCGAUGCUCUAUGGUAUGGAUCCCAACACUGCGAGUAAACAAUGGCCUGUGUAUAUGCAGCCCGAUAUCAUCGACUCACUCGUGCCGAACUAUGCGUGCCCCGUUGCUGGUCAACUCCGCGCUGAGGCGCAAGCCAUGUCGUCCUGGAUGGACCACCUCGUGCAACACGAAUCUCUCCAGCGGAGGCUAGAUGAAACGUUGGGCACAACUGGGCUAGAUGCGUGGAAUUCUUGGUAUGAUCACUUCUUUGACACCUUCACGGCCCGCACGUGCCAUGGACACCCCCUCCCGUGUAAUGUAAGUGGUGCUUGUGUCAGUCAAGAAGACGCGAAGAUGGUAUAUUCGAUUGGGGAUUGGGAAUACAAUUAUAUUUUUAACGAUGCACCCCAAGCUAGCCAAUAUGUCAAACUCACGUUUGGUGUUUUCUUUGCCGAGCUCGCAGAUACUUUGCGGCACGUCCAUGUUGUCGGGGUACAAGGGCGACCGAAGCACAAGCUGCACAUGUAUGUCGGACAUGACGGCUCGAUGGUGCGUCUCGCUGCUGGGCUCGGCCUUGGUCGUGCGAACGGUCUGCGAUGGCCAGCCAUGGGCAGCGAAAUUGUGAUGGAGGUUUGGCAUACUUCCGACGAAAUAGCAUAUAUGCGCAUCUUGCGUGAAGGCUCUCCAGCCCCGCCUCCACUUGACUGGAUCCUUCUCAGUGAAUUUAUUCAGUUGCUGGAGGACUUGGUGCCGGAGAGUCUUGGCGUUUUGUGUCGGUAAAAAUGUAGGCUGCAACAUAUUACCACGUCCAAGGAAGAAUCAUACAUUUCUUGACCUUUAUAUUGGGCCACAUCCAUACAGUGACUCGAAAAACUGCCUGGAUGUUUGCCACUUUUUUCACAGAUUGGCCUGUAACUGUUGAUCUGUAAGUCAUGAAAAAAAACAGGAGUAGAUUGCUAGCGAUCAUGUGACCAUGUUUGCCCCAGGUUAUGGUUGUGUGACUUGAUACUUCACAAUUAAAUUUACAAUACCAGCUAUGCAUCCGGACAGUUCUUUUGCAGGUAUUCACAACAGUUAGCAAAAAUGUCUGCCAUGGCACAAAUACUACUGGUGAAGGUCUGUUGCUAUGCAAGUACUGUACACUCUCAGGGACAAAACUCGAUGUCAGCACAAUCUCCCAGGGAAUGAGUACAAACAAAUCCAAGCUUGUUGCGUGGUGAACUGUCACUAACC